GUGAUUGGUGCAGAAUCUACUAGUUGCGUGUAUUUAACAACAUCUAGUGGUUGUCACCAGAAAAAUGCGCACCAAUACGAGCCCCCACGGCAUGCUGGUGGAACAGAGAGAAAGAGGGAGAGAUCGUGACGGAGCAAGGGAGGGAUAAACCAUUUGUUUUAGCAGAUUCUCCGGAGUAGCAGGGAGAGGCUGCAUUCGCCGGCCGGCUGGGGGAAGAUCAGGAACGUCUGCUGGUGCUGUGUGCUGUUUACCUCCCUGAAAACUGGCCUCUGGGAGCCGGUCCAACCAGAGCUAGCAUAUAUUCUUUCUCCCUGGCAUUAUGGACAGCCCGUGGGGAGUUUUCUCACAUGAGGCUUUUUAAUCAUGUACUGAGGUCCAAUCGGCGUGUACCCUGGAUACUGAAAGUUCCCAGUGACGGUCUGACUGGUUAUCUGUGAUGGAAGCAGUUAUGUAGGCUACUGAUGUGCGUGUGCAAAACUGGAUACUGCAGCAACGUGGACUCUUAAAGGGGAUGCCACUGCGUGAGCACAGCAACUCCAGCUCACUUCAACAGGGGGACUCUCUGACACAGGUUAACCACUGAGGUGGAGGAGGCAGGUGUUGCAGAACGAGCCUCAUCAUCUUCCACCCUAAACCUCCAGGGCACCAGCGGGAGACAUGGCUCCCCGGAAGCGUGGUGGUGGCAGCCGUGGUAGCGCCUCCUUUAUCUUCUGCUGCUUCCAGGGUGGCAACGACCACCCGGAAAUCACCUACAGGCUGCGGGAAGACUUUGCACUGCAGACCAUGGAGCCAUCGAUGCCCAUGCCAGGUUAUGAUGAACUGGACAGUAGGUUCUCUGAGUUAGUGGAUGAACUUGACCUCACAGAGAAGCACAGGGAGGCAAUGUUCAACCUGCCUGCAGAGAAGAAAUGGCAAAUAUACUGCAGCAAGAAGAAGGAACAGGAGGAGAACAAAGGUGCAACCAGCUGGCCAGAAUAUUACAUUGACCAGCUCAAUUCCAUGGCUGCUAGGAAGACUCUCCUAGCUCUGGAGAAGGAAGAUGAGGAAGAGAGGAACAAAACAAUAGAGAGCCUGAAGACGGCUUUGCGGACGCAACCCAUGAGGUUCGUGACCAGGUUUAUUGACCUGGACGGCCUGACCUGCAUCCUCAACUUCCUGAAGAGCAUGGACUACGAGACAACCGAGUCCCAGAUCCACACCUCGCUCAUUGGCUGUGUCAAGGCCCUGAUGAACAACUCCCAGGGGCGGGCUCAUGUGCUCUCGCACUCUGAGAGCAUCAACAUAAUCGCCCAGAGUCUGGCCACGGAGAAUGUCAAGACCAAGGUGGCGGUGCUUGAAAUCCUGGGCGCCGUGUGCCUUGUCCCUGGUGGGCAUCGGAAAAUACUGGAGGCCAUGCUGCAUUACCAGCGUUUCGCGUGUGAGAGGACGCGCUUCCAGACCCUGCUGAACGAUCUGGACCGUAGCACGGGUCGGUACCGGGACGAGGUCAACCUGAAGACUGCCAUCAUGUCCUUUAUCAAUGCUGUUCUCAGCCAAGGAGCCGGAGAGGCCAGUCUGGAGUUCCGCAUUCACCUCCGUUACGAGUUCCUGAUGUUAGGAAUUCAGCCAGUCAUUGACAAGCUUCGCUCCCAUGACAACCACACGUUGGACAGGCACUUGGAUUUCUUUGAAAUGCUGCGCAAUGAGGAUGAGCUGACACUGUCGCGGCGUUUUGAGUCGGUUCACAUAGACACUAAAAGUGCCACCCAGGUUUUUGAGCUCAUCCGAAAAAAGAUGAACCACACUGACGCGUAUCCCCACUUUAUCUCCGUCCUGCACCAUUGUCUACUCAUGCCUCAUAAAAGGAGUGGAAACACUGUUCAAUACUGGCUGCUACUAGACCGCAUCGUCCAGCAGAUGGUUCUGCAGAACGACAAGGGUCAUGACCCUGACGUCACACCCCUGGAGAACUUCAAUGUGAAGAAUGUGGUCAGAAUGCUGGUCAAUGAAAAUGAGGUCAAGCAGUGGAAAGAGCAAGCGGAGAAAAUGCGAAAAGAGCACCAUGAGCUCCAGCAGAGGUUUGAGAAGAAAGAGCGUGAGUGUGAUGCCAAGACCCAGGAGAAGGAGGACAUGAUGCAGACCCUGAACAAGAUGAAGGAGAAGCUAGAGAAGGAGAGCACAGAGCACAAGACAGUAAAGCAACAAGUGGCUGACCUCUCUGCCCAGUUACAUGACCUCAGCUCUAGACAAAUCGCUAGCGUCCCAGGAGGUCCCCCAUUCAUCCCUGGGCCCCCCGGUGGUCCUCUCCCACCUCCGCCUCUCCCUCCGCCAGGAGGCAUGAUGCCCCCUCCAGCCCCAGGGGGUAUGCCCCCUCCACCACCCCCACCCCCAGGUGGACCCCCACCUCCGUUUGGACGGCCACCCAUGGGGGGGAUACCUCCUCCGCCUGGGGCACCCUUGGGGCCCACCCUCAAAAUGAAGAACAUCCCCCAACCAUCCAACCCACUCAAGUCGUUCAACUGGGCCAAGCUGGCUGAGAAUAAGCUGGAGGGCACUGUAUGGACAGAGCUGGACGACGCAAAGGUUUUUAAAAUCCUUGACCUGGAGGAUAUUGAGAAGACCUUCUCAGCAUACCAGAGGCAACAGGACUUCUUUAUGAUCAGUAACAACAAACAGAAAGAGAGUGAGGAUUCAGACUCCUUGAGCUCCAAAAAGGUCAAGGAGCUCUCUGUUAUAGAUGGACGCCGCGCCCAGAACUGUAAUAUCCUGCUGUCGCGGCUGAAGUUGUCCAAUGAGGAGAUGAAGCGGGUUAUAUUGACCAUGGAUGAACAGGAAGACCUCCCUAAGGACAUGUUGGAGCAGAUGCUGAAGUUUAUUCCAGAGAAGAGUGACGUGGACCUUCUGGAAGAGCACAAGCAUGAGCUAGACCGCAUGGCCAAAGCUGACCGCUUCCUCUAUGAAAUGAGCAGGAUAAACCAUUACCAACAGAGGCUGCAGUCGCUGUACUUCAAAAAAAAGUUUGCAGAGACAAUUGCCGGAGUCAAACCCAAAGUAGAUGCUCUCAUCAAAGCUUCCAAAGAGGUCCUGCACAGCCGCAAUCUGAAGCAGCUGCUGGAGGUGGUGCUGGCCUUUGGUAACUACAUGAACAAGGGCCAGAGGGGCAAUGCCUAUGGCUUCAAAGUGACCUCGCUCAACAAGAUCGCUGACACCAAGUCCAGCAUAGACAAGAACAUCACCCUCCUCCAUUACCUGAUCACCAUCCUGGAGAAGAAAUACCCCAAAGUCAUGAUGUUCCAGGAGGACCUGCGGAGUGUGCCGGAGGCUGCCAGAGUGAACAUGACUGAACUCGAGAAGGAAAUCAAUAACUUGCGCAGUGGCUUGAAAAACGUAGAGAGUGAGUUGGAGUUUCAGAAGAAGCGACCCCAGGAGGUGGGCGAUAAGUUUGUGUCAGUAGUUAGCCAGUUCAUCACUGUGGCCAGCUUCAGCUUCUCGGAUGUGGAGGAUUCUCUGACAGAGGCCAAAGAGCUGUUUGUGAGGGCGGUAAAGCAUUUUGGUGAAGACGCUGGGAAGAUGCAACCGGAUGAGUUCUUUGGCGUCUUUGAACAAUUUCUUGUGUCAUUUGCUGAGGCGCGUCAGGAAAAUGAGAAUAUGCGCAAACGCAAGGAUGAGGAGGAGCGGAGGGCGAAAAUGGAAUCUCAGCUAAAGGAGCAGAGAGAGAAGGAACGGAAGUCGAGGAAAGCAAAGGCGUAUGGUGAGGACGAUGGAGGAGAGUUUGAUGACUUGGUUUCGGCGCUGCGCUCCGGCGAGGUCUUCGACAAGGACCUGACAAAGAUGAAGCGCAACCGCAAACGCAUCAACAGCCAACCAGAUACUGGCAGGGAGAGGCCCGUCACCAAGCUUAAUGUCUGAGAGGCCACCCUGCAUAGACCUCUAUCCUAUCAUCAGCCCACUGCCCAUCUCACAGGCCUGUCAACUCAGCCAACCAAGUCAUCCACAGGCUGCUUCAUCCCUCCGUUUGCUCUAUACUGUCAUCCGGUGGCAGACAUUGGGAGUGUGUGUCUUUAGCCUCAGAGAAACGUAAAACCACGUUACACUAUAAAGUUUUUAAACAUGUUGACACAUUUCAGACAGCUGGCAUUGGAGGUCUCAAGGGGGAGCUGCUUUUAUUGGGGACUGGGCAACUAUGUGAUGAUUGGAGCAAUCAAUGAAUCUGACACAGAAUAGUGAAUGUUGUUAGUUGGUCUGUUGUUUUACCCCAAAGAUGAAACAGAACAAUUAAGCAGACAGAGUUUAAGGUGGAAGUAAAUAAUCAGAAACAGGAGGAGGCCUCUGACAAAGCCUGUUAUUUUGUCUUUCAGAAGAUGUCAAAAUGGGAGGACAGAAUGGUGACCCUUUAGCAUAGGUAACCUGGACUGCUGUGAAAGUCAUAGUCUAUCUGCGCAGAACUUAUCUGAUAUAUACACCACCUUUAAAGCCCAUGUAACCUGUGUUGUACUGUAGGUUUGGCUUGAAUUGAGCUGCUUCAGUGACAUUAUACCUUCUUAAAAUGUUUAUAAAAAUAUAACCCCUCACUCCUUAUGAGGGAGAAAAGAGCGGGUUCUGAAGCAUGAUCAUUAAAAACUUGCUAAAUCAUCACCAUACUUAUACAGACUAUUCAUGCUGGGUCCAUACUUGCAAACAUUUGAAAGAGUUUAAGUUCAAGGUUUAGUUUAAGCAUCAGCCAAUUGUUGAAGUAGGUGCAUUUGAUCAAUUUCAAUCAGUUAUUUCACUUACUCUGAGAUCUUUAAGUAGUGCUUCCUUGCUCUGGAAGAGCUGUAGCUUGUGUGUAAAGACAUGUAACUUUGCUUUGUGGAUUAGCAAAGAAAUGAUAGUUAGGGUACAUAGCUAGACACUUGAAUUUCUGUUUUGUUGGUUUUUCCACUCUAUGAUGUUGAAAUAACUGUUUAUAUUUUUGAUUGGUGAAAAAUGAUAUUGCCUCUUUAGUGCAAGUGUUUAAAAGAAAUGUCAGUCUCUUUAGGUGGGCUAAAAUAUUUAGGUUACAUUGUGAUCUGAUGGACAAAUGACUGGUCUGUGGUUGGUCUGUGUAAGUGGAUGAACUCUAGACCAUCCCAUCCACUAUAUACAGUAGCAGGGCUGUGUAAGUAAUUAUAUUGACAGGCCCAGGAAAAUACAUUUUAUUUUCAUUAUAUAAACAUAGAGUUGAUAAGACAUACAGUGAAUUUAAAAAUAAACUGAGAAUGUGUAAGCACUUUGUGACAACUGCUGAUGUAAAAAGUGCUUUAUAAAAUACAUUUAAUUGAUUGAUUGACAUACUGAAUUCCUUCUCGAUAAAAGCACAUCCAUGUUAAAGGAUAUGCAAAAAUUUGAUAACAUGCAACCACAUUGACCAUUUUAAUUGGAUGAUGCUUAAACUUAACCUUGAACUUACACUUUUUCUAAUGUUUACAGUGCAGUGAAAGUGCCCCUGUGAUAAGAUGAAUUAUUUUGACAUAUUUGGGCAAAUUGAUAUUAGAUAUUUAUUUCAAGGCUUAGGUCAACAUUUAAUUAAAAUGGGCAGAAAUGCAAAUACCAUGUGCCCACUACUUAAGUGUGUACAUUUUAUCAUCCAAUCUAAACUUUGAAUUAGGUGAACCCAAAUGUUUUAAAAUGAUUGGAAAGAAAUGACUGAUGUUUACCAGAAAACCCUUGGGUGAAGAACAAGUCUACUGGACAAUGUGCUCUGAAUAGACUAUGUCAAAGGUAGAGUUGGGCCGCAAUGCCAAACAUCUGGUAUGGUGAAAACAAAUUCCUGCCUUUCAAGAGAAGAACCCCAUACCAACUGUUAAGCAUAAUGUUGGGGAAUUAUGGCCUGGCUAGCUUCCAAUCAUCUAGUCAACCAGGAAUUCCAUAUUGUACCAGAGAAUACUGGAGGAAAAUGCAAGCAUGUCUCUUUAAAAGCUGAAAUUGAGAUUCAACAGAAUGGCUCAUAAAAUACACAUGUAGGCUUAGGGAAUGGCCAAGAAUCAGAAUAUGUCCUAAUAUGUCAACAACAGAACCUGUAGUCCUCAAGCCUGGGGAAGUGCUAGUUGGCCUAUUGUACAUAUGUAAUUCACUUGUUCACCCAGGUCUGAAUUACUCCCUGCUAACAGUGCUACAAUGAAGAGCAGCAAUACUCCAGAUCCCAAGGCCUUGAGUUGACAACCAAUGGAAUAAACUUGUCAGGGCAGGAACUUCUCAGAAUUGUGUGGCCUCACAGUGUUCAAUAGCAGAAUCUUUGGGUAGAUUGAAAUAUACAAGAAACACAUUUUUUAUGGAUUGUUGUUCAAACAACAUUUGGACAAGAGAAUUGAAUACUAUUGGAAGAUGUAUUGAUGAUGUAUAUAAUUUUCUUUUUGUUUGUGUUAGUAAUGGUGAUUUUGUAUGUAUGGGGAGAUUUGAUAGAUUAUUAAUGCCCAACAUAACCAAGGAUGUGGGUGAAUGAUUACAGGACAGAAACAAAUGUUGUUACAUUAGACACCUGCUAAUGGAAGUUGACCUUAACCAUGCAGAUGUUUUGCCAUUUCACUAAACUGUGGACACUAAAAAUAAACACAAACAUUUAAAAUG